AUAAUAUAAAAUUAUGAAAAUGGGUCAUUUUCUUGCAUGAAAAGAAAGAAGUCUGCUGAGGGACUCAGAGAGCGGAAGGCUCAACAACUUAACCCGAGAUGGCUGUCAAUGCAGCCAUGGCGCCUGCGCAGGGCUGCCUUAUCGCCCUCAGCUCACAAACUCCUUUUCUCGGCCCCAGGCAUAGAAAUGGUUUAGGAGAAAAAUACAACGAGUACAAGAAUUCCGUAGUGACAUUUGGGCAUCUCAUCAAUGCAAUGCCCCAGUUGUCAAGUAGAAUACGUUCACAAAGAAAUCGUCAGCAGCUGUAUUCCCUCCCAAAAGGAAUGUCUCUGUCACACAUUGAUGCAUCAUCUGCCUUCAUUUAUGCAAAUGAAGGCUGGCUGUUAGGCAAAAUACCAUUGUCACACGAUAAAGGCAGAUCAUCAGUGCGGGCACAAGCACAAGCGCGGGAGAUAACUUCAGGCGGGUUGCGCUACCCUGCACACAAUGAGAAGCCAGUGUGGUGGUGGAGAACUUUAGCAUGUGCUCCCUAUUUAGUCUCUAUGCAGAUCUCAGAAGCAGGAUUGUAUGUACAGCCCUUCCUAUCACACCAUGAAUUCUUAGAAGACCUUGUAUUCUUCAUCCCCGGGGCUGCUAAAAGGUGGUCAUCAUGGUUUGUAAUGGUAUAUGUCUUGUUGUGUUACUCGGCAGUGGUGAAGAAUGAAGAUUGGCCUCACUUCUUCAGAUAUCAUCUGAUGACAGCCAUGUUAUUGGAGACAGCCCUGCAAGUUCUUUGGCACUCGAGCAAUUUUAUGCCACUUAUACACUUCAGUGGCUCUUUUGGGAUGUAUUAUUGGGCAGCUGUGGGGUUCAUUUACAUUUGCAUAUUGUUGGAGGGCAUAAGAUGUGCUCUUGGUGGCAAGUACUAUAAAAUCCCAUUUGUUAGUGACGCUGCUUUAAUCCACACUUUAUUUCAUGUAGGAGGUUUCCACAGGCCUUUCUAAGGUGUCAUAGUAGAAUUUUUUUUGAGGUACUCUUUUUCAUGAUUUUGGUACUUUAAUGUCUUCCUUUUCUACAUAAGAUUUAGAUUAGACUCAUAUUAUACUAUUUUCAUAUGUUAUAAGAACAAUUAUAUAUAUAUUUGCUUAUAUUUAUAAAUA